CGUUUGGCCUCCCGGGCUCUACAUGAGUGGCGCCAAAGAAAAGAUAAUACAAAUGGUUGGGAUUUAGUGUGGAAAAAGAAAGAAAAACACACCCCCUCUUUCGUCGCCUUCCCCUCAGUUUGGUGGGAAAAGCAGAGCCAAAUCCCCUCUGCCCGGUCUACUUAACAUGAGUAGGCUGUUUAAGUUUUGAUUCACAUGUAACAAAAUCACCCACACCCACACACACCCACACACGCGCGCGCUCUGAUUGGUCUCUGGAAUAAUACAGCCUCACAAGUUAGCUCGCAACCGUCGUACGAAAGGCUUCUUUCAUUCACACUUCCCAUUCACCCAUUUAUAUUCUCGCUCUAACCCCCCCACUCCGAGACCACUCAACCCCCCUCCACCGCCACCCUCUCCUUCUUCGUCUCCUCUGUAUCUCUCAAUCUCUCUUCUUCCUCCUCCUCCUCCUCCUCCUCCUCCUCCUCUUCUGUAUCUCUCAAUCUGCAAACAAUAUCACACAUAUAUACGUAGAUGGGGGCUGAUCAUAGGUUCAAGCCGAUAGAGGAAUGUAGCUCGGAGGGAAGAUCCAAUCAAACGAUCGCAGCCGAUCUCGAAGUUCUUCUCCUCCUGUCCGUCCCCGUCGUAUACAUCACAUACAUAUUCUUCUCCGAGUCGCUGGCGAUCCAAAUUCUAGUGUACAUUUCCUUCGCGGGACUCAAAGUAAGGGACAUCGCGACGGUGGCGCAAUCCGUGUUGCCGAAAUUCUACGCGGAGGACGUGCAUCCGGAGAGCUGGAGGGUGUUCAACUCGUUCGGGAAGCGGUGCAUCGUCACCGCGAACCCACGAAUUAUGGUGGAGCCCUUCGUGAAGAGCUUCCUCGGCGCCGAUAAGGUGCUGGGGACGGAGUUAGAGGUCACCAAAUCGGGGAGGGCCACCGGUUUCUUGCUGAAGCCCGGAGUGCUCAUCGGCGAGCUCAAGAAGAGGGCCGUCGAGGAGGAGUUCGGCAACGAAUUGCCGGAUCUGGGCAUUGGAGAUAGGGAGACAGACUACGACUUCAUGUCCAUCUGCAAGGAGGCCUACCUGGUGAGCGCCAAGAAGAAGAAGUGCAGUCCCGUGCCGAAGAGCCAGCUGCUGAGCCCGCUGAUCCUGCACGACGGGCGGCUGGUGCAGCGGCCGACCCCGGUGGUGGCCCUGCUCACGUUCCUGUGGAUGCCGAUCGGGUUCGCGCUGUCGCUGGUGCGCGUGUACGUGAACCUGCCGCUGCCAGAGCGCAUCGUGUUCUACAUGUACAAGGCGAUGGGCAUCAAGCUGGUGGUGCGGGGCAACCCGCCGCCACCGCCGAAGAAGGGCCACCCGGGGGUGCUGCUGGUGUGCAACCACCGCACGGUGCUGGACCCGGUGGUGACGGCGGUGGCGCUGGGGCGCAAGAUCAGCUGCGUGACGUACAGCAUCAGCAAGUUCUCGGAGCUGAUCUCGCCGAUCAAGGCGGUGGCGCUGUCGCGGGAGCGGGAGAAGGACGCGCAGAACAUCAAGCGGCUGCUGGAGGAGGGGGACCUGGUGAUCUGCCCCGAGGGGACCACGUGCCGCGAGCCCUUCCUGCUGCGCUUCAGCGCGCUCUUCGCGGAGCUCACGGACCGCAUGGUGCCCGUGGCCAUCAACACCAAGCAGAGCAUGUUCCACGGCACCAGCACCCGCGGCUUCAAGCUGCUGGACCCCUACUUCUUCUUCAUGAACCCGCGCCCCACCUACGAGAUCACCUUCCUCAACCAGCUGCCCAAGGACCUCACCUGCGCCGGCGGCAAGUCCCCCAUCGAAGUCGCCAACUACAUCCAGAAGGUGCUCGCCGCCCAGCUCGGCUUCGAGUGCACCAACUUCACGCGCAAGGACAAGUACAGCAUGCUCGCCGGCAACGACGGCCGGGUGGGGGUCACCCCACCCUCCCGCUCCCAGUACUCCAACUCCAGCAAGGAGAAGGCGCCCUAAACACAAACCAACCAACCAACCAACCAAUCAACUACUAGCCACCUAGUUGCUACUACCUCAAUUCCGAUCCCGCUUUUAGUUAGUGCCGCUGAAUUCGUUUAUACCUUCCGAGCAAACUGCUGCGAACGAAUGAGGCGACCGUCGACUGAACGGAAUUAUAUUAUCAUUAUCAUUGUCAUUAUUGUUACCGUUAUCAUUAUCAUUGCUGCUGGUGUUGUUUUUUUUUUAGUUAAUUAUAAUUAAUUUGUCAGGUCUUUGAUAAUCGUCCAUGAUCCCGUCCCAAAAGAAGGACAAAAAAAAAAAAAACAAAAAAACAAAAGACGCUUAAUUAGUUUGGUUUAUUGAUGGAUGUACUGUAGAGUCGUCAAUCUUGUUUACCCUUUUAUUUAAUCAUAAAUCGUCAUGUAUUAAGCAAGCUGCAUCAAACAGUAUCAUUUAUUAUUGAUUUGCAAUA